CUUUUUAUUGGGCCUGUUAUUUUUCUGUCGGUCACACACACGCCCUCGCCAUGAAGGGUUUCACGGCUCUCUUCCUCGUCUGGAGUCUACUGUCUCCUGACAGCGGUGGUGGGGAAGCCUGGCCCACACACACAGUCUGCAGGGAUGGGAGCUUGGAAGUGCUCUACCAGAGUUGUGAUCCAUUACAAGAUUUUGGCUUUUCUGUUGACCAGUGUUCCAAACAAUUAAAAUCAAAUCUCAACAUUAGAUUUGGAAUCAUUCUGAGAGAGGACAUCAAAGAGCUGUUUCUUGACGUAGCUCUCUUCACGAAAGGCUCAUCCAUUCUGAAUUACUCCUACCCCAUCUGUGAAGAGGAUCUGCCCAAGUUUACCUUCUGUGGAAGAAGGAAAGGGGAGCAGAUUUAUUAUGCUGGCCCCAUCAAUAAUCCUGGAUUUGAAGUUCCUGAGGGAGAAUACCAGGUUUUGCUGGAACUGUAUAACGAAAACCAUUCCACCGUGGCCUGCGCCAAUGCUACUGUCAUUUGCUCCUGAGCAGCCCCAAAGCGCAGCCAGCUGUGUCUCAUGGGAACUCCAAGCUCUCAGACUGAAUCUACUGUGUGAGAAGAACAGUCGACGACAGAGGGAGCCUCGACAGCAAGGCUCACCCAUGUGCAGCCCCCAGGACCAGAGGGCCCCAGACUCCACAGAUGUAAUGGAGCCCCUGAAGUUAUCUGCUUCUAAGGAGCCUCCUGGUCGUGGGAAAUCUAAGCAGUCUCAGGGGUCCAUCUUUCUUCUCUAAGUGGUUACCUCACAGCAGCCCGAGCUGAUUUUCAGCUCCUUAGGAGCACUUCCUCAGCUACCCCGAAUAAAGAACGCUGGCCCACAA